UCGUUUUCACUUCACACAUUGGAUUUAUUUCGUUUUCCAUUCUUUUACUUUGCUUUUUUACUCUCUUUCUUUCUUUUCUUAUUUUCUGCUUUUCGCUCUGUCUGUCUCUAUAGGUUCUUUCCCUUUCACAUAUGGCCGUAAAAACCAGUUUGAUAUGUUCGGAUUAUACGCCGGAAAUCAAUGUACAAGUAUGGCCCUGACCGCCAUCAUUCAGCACAAGAUUUAUUCGGAGUUUACCCCCAGAACAAUCAACAAAAUCUUGAAAGAAGGCAACAAACUCCACACUAGACUCAGAGAAGAUAUCGUCCUGAGUGAUAAUUCGGAUAACAGAGUUGCGGUUGAAGAUUUCCCGCACGAGGAUUACAUUGACAUAGGAAAGGUAUUUGGAAGGAAUACCCAUGUUAGAAUGAGGGAACCUUGCCGAGAUGUCUUUACAACUGGAAGAGAUGAUUUUGUUGAUUUUUUAACCAUAAGGGAGUACUUAGAGAGUUGGUACACAAUGACAUACCUGAGAAAAAUGGGAUUUCUCCUCACAAUUCAUGCAUUUUCAUACGCCAUUCUCAUCAGCAAAAAUGGAGUAGUCCUGUUCGACUCUCAUGGGCACUUAAAACAUAAAGGAGAAGCUAUAAAGCCAAAGGCCGGGGCAAUAAUAUUUCCAUCAACUGCGGAACUGGAGGAGUUCUUAGUUGGCAUGUACAGUUCGGGAGACACCCCGUCAUUGCCCCGGUCUGCGUCUCCUAUAAAGAGAAGGCCACCCAACCAGAUAAAGUGGAGAGAAAGAAGAAGAGCUUAAAAGAAGUAUUGUACCAGCCCCUUCUUCUGACGGCUAGGAAUGUUAGGAAUAUAAGGAAUAGAAAAGUGCACGCCGAGACUAACAAUUACGAGUAUGAUGAAUCACCAUUUGUGGGAAUGUUCGGAGGCGGGAACUAGAGGGAAUGUAGGAAGGGGAUGUGAAAGAAAGGGAAGCACGCAGUACAUAUCGUGUGUGGAUUGCAAGUUCUGACAGAUUAAGUAAAGAGGAAAAGAAGGUGCAUGGAUUGCGCUUUUUAACCUAUCUUAGAGUUUAACACAGUACAUAUCGUGUGUGAACUGCAAGUUCCGACAGAUUAACUAAAGAGGAAUAGGCAGUGCAUGGAUUGCGCAUUUUUUACCGAUCUUAAAGUUUAACACAGUACAAAUCGUGAGUGAACUGCAAGUUCCGAAAGAUGUAGUAAAGAGGAAGAGGCGGUGCAUGGAUUGCGCUUUUUACCGAUCUUAGAGUUCCACACAGUACAUAUUGUGUGUGAACUGCAAGUUCCGACAUAUUAAUUAAAGAGGGACAGGCGGUGCAUGGACUGCACUUUUUUACCGACCUUAGAGUUUCACACAGUACUUAUUGUUUGUGAACUUCAAGUUCCGACAGAUUAAGUAAAGAGGGACAGGUGGUGCCUGGAUUGCGCUUUUCACCGAUCUUAGAGUUUCACUCAGUACAUAUCGUGUGUGAACUGCAUGUUUCCGACAUAUUAAGUAAAGAGGAUCAUGCAGGCGGUGCAUGGAUUGCAUUUUGUUUUACCGAUUUUAGAGUUUCUUGAAGUCGUGCUUCAGCAGGAGGCGAUAGAUGCAACCCACUAAGAGAGAGUUUAAAUACAUUGGAUGACUUAAUCUAUUGGUUAGGAUAUUGAAAUGUCCUACAAGGGAGGGACACUGGUACAUUAUAAUCUGCAGAUAUAAAUUAUUAAAUACAAGGACAAUCAGUUAAUGAUUCCAGUAGAUUAAGUUGAUUAUAGUAGACUACAGUUUUAAAUAAGGACACUGGUCGCAUGAAAUGAGGAAGUUUUAUACCCAUGUUUAAGAAACUAAAUUUAAAUAAAUGAUAAAUACUUCUGUUUUGAUUGUGGUGGAAAUAGAAAAACAAUGAUCAUGAACUGAAGAUUUUGGCUUUCAUGGAAAUGCACGAUACUUUUUCUCCCGCUGAAACGCUGUUGAUGAGGGCAGUUGCUGAUGGGGGAAAUUUGUUUGUAGAUAUAUCUGGGAAAAAUGGUUGGAUUUUCACACUUUGCUUUCAGACGAUAACUUUGAAAAGUAUCAAAAGCUUAACUUUGGAGCCGAUAAAGGUUGUAUAUCUUUAGUCGGCAGUUCAGCUCGCAUAUACUGUGCCCGAAUAAUCGGCUUUGUAGCGGUGCCGGA